AUGUUUGGAAAAGCUUGGCUCAUUUGUCACCAGCCACCACUGGGAGGCGCUCAUUGCAAUCCGUCGAAACUUCUGUCGGAUUUAAAGAACCCGGCGACUUUUAUUCGCACUCCUCACCAAGUCAUUCAUUGUUGUACAUCGCAACUUGUAGGUGGCAUUCCGUCAGGAAUGAUCGUAAGAGCCACUACACUCAUCUGCUGGCGAUUUCAACGACAUAAAGGCAUCCUGGAUGGAAAUCCAGCGCGUCGUAUCAGGCGGAAAUUUUGCAGCGGCGCUGGUAGAAGUCAUUCAACACAGCGCUUGGACUCAACACGUCGUUUAACCCACCAGAUACCGCGCAGGCCAACUACCGUCCCUCCUGGAUUUGGUCAUCACCAACGAAAGGCACUUCGUUGA